CGCACCACCAUCGGGAUGACGUCACGGUUCCCACACAACCGAGAGAUACGCACUAAGUUUUAAGACGAGGUGGUCGUUCAGUGCGGUAAAAAAAGGACAAGAAAUUAGCAAUAUAAAUCACGCCGAAGAGUUUUUUUUUGAAGAGGAGCUUGACUGUCUGUUGAUAAGGGAUAUCAUUUCUCUUAAGGUGUCUCUGUUGUCUAGCAGAUGAAUUUUGAGCAGCCUCCUCCGUACCAGGGCCCAGGCCCCACGGCCCCCAGUUACCCUGCGCAGGGCUAUCCUCAGCAGGGAUACCCUCCCCAGGGCUACCCCGUCAACAUGGAGCAGCCUGGUGGAUUCCCUCCUCAAAACCCGGCCUACCCCAACUACCCUGGUGGCCCUGGGGGCCCUCCUGGACCAUACCCUGGCCAGGGACAAGCAGGCCCCUACCAGGGGGCGUACCCAGGACAGCCUCAGUUUGGAUGGCAGGGAGGACCACCCCCAGGACCCAUGUAUGGAGAGGCACCCAAAAACACAGUGUACGUGGUGGAGGAGAGGAGAAGAGAUGAUUCAGGCGACACGUGUCUGACUGCCUGUUGGACGGCUCUCUGCUGCUGCUGCUUGUGGGACAUGCUCACAUAACGUCUGACCCCUGACAUUUACCUUUGACCCUUACCUGCUCUGACCCUUACCCUUGGCCUCCUAACCCUUAACGCAAAGUCCCUUUCAUCUUAACCUAACCUUUGACCCCUGAGUCUAAACCACUGACCCAGUCUCACCUAACACACUAUCUCUCCAUCUGCCCUUACCACCUUAAUCCUUCUCUCUCUCCUUAACCUUUGACCCCUGAGUCUAAACCACUGACCCAGUCUCACCUAACACACUAUCUCUCCAUCUGCCCUUACCACCUUAAUCCUUCUCUCUCUCCUUAAUCUUUGACCCCUGAGUCUAAACCACUGACCCAGUCUCACCUAACACACUAUCUCUCCAUCUGCCCUUACCACCUUAAUCCUUCUCUCUCUCCUUAACCUUUGACCCCUGAGUCUAAACCACUGACCCAGUCUCACCUAACACACUAUCUCUCCAUCUGCCCUUACCACCUUAAUCCUUCUCUCUCUCCUUAACCUUUGACCCCUGAGUCUAAACCACUGACCCAGUCUCACCUAACACACUAUCUCUCCAUCUGCCCUUACCACCUUAAUCCUUCUCUCUCUCCUUAACCUUUGCACUCCUGCUGUCCAGCCCCAACCCCCGUACCUCCUGACCCAUGGUAGCAUUAUAUGAUAACCUAUAUCUUUUUGUGCUCCCACACCUGGCCUAGCCCCUCCCAGGGCUGUGCUCUGCCCUGUAGCCGGUGUAUGUUCUCUAAAUCUCAGGCGCUGUACUGUAGAUAAUGCUUCUUGUGGAACACAAACUCCUGCUCAAAGAUGACACACAGAAUAUGCACUCAGAUCUCAGGCGUUCUGCUGUAGAUGACACACAUGCAUACACGUUCUUUCUCCUGGGCACUUUAACCUCUUACCUCUGCAAGGUACUUCUCUUGCCUCCCUCCAUCCCUCCUCCCGAACAAACCUCUAGUCAAACCACCCCUUAUUCCCUACACCAUAAAUCCUAAAACACCAUAUCAAAUGACUCUCUAUCUACGCCAUAUAAGUCAUGGCUACCUAGACCAAUGGAAGCCAGUAAGCUACAGUGUCCCCCACCCCCCUGUCAACCCCCCACUGUACGAUGCUGAAGUUUGAACCGUCCUCUCUGUUAUGUUUGCACAACAGCUACUGUUGUGCAAACAGCUACUGCCUGUUUUUCUUAGGAUGAAUCCUAUGACAACAAAUUGAAUGCAUUUUGAAAGACCAUGACAAUGAAAAUGUCAUGUUUGGUUUCAUGUAAUAUUGUUCCUAUGCUUGCAAAAUUUUUUCCUGUUUGAAUUGUUUAAUCCUGAAUGAAUAUGAUUUGAUUGCUAUUUUCUUUUUAAUACCCUCAUUCCUUGAAGGAGAGAACAUGAAACAUUUUUUAAAUGGUGAAUGUUUAUGUAGAUGACUUUGCCUUACAUGAGAAUCUUGCGUUAAGAAUAAAUUAUUCCCAAAACAGUCAA